AUGUCCUCAGCAACUUCCACCACCUCUUUGCCCAGCGGCCUGGAUGUCCUGAUGACUUUCCCCGAUGUGCUUUUUGUUCCUGAGAUCGUCUUUGGGGGCCUUGUCUGGAUCCUGGUGGCAUCUUCAAGGGUCCUGUCACCCAUCCUGCAAGGCUGGGUGAUGUUUGUCUCUGUGUUCUGCUUCAUCAUGUCCACCACCCUCCUGUGCCUCUACAUUGGCGGGGUGCAUGGGGGCAGCAGCUCCUGGGUCACCUUGGAUGUCAUCUGCCAGGAGACAGCAGCUCUGUUCUACCUCAGUGCUGCCGUGUUGGAAGCCUACUUCACCUAUUACGUCAGCUGGUGGUCUACCAGCCCUCUGAAAACGACUGUCUACCAGGAGAACGUUGCUGCUGUGGUAUUUGCAUUCUUAGCUACCCUGAUGUACGUGAUCCAUAAGGUGUGCUCGCUCCUGCGAUGGAAAUCAUCCUAA